AUGAGAGAAGUUAUUAGUAUUAAUGUUGGUCAAGCUGGUUGUCAAAUUGGUAAUGCCUGCUGGGAAUUAUACUCUUUGGAACAUGGUAUUAGACCGGACGGUUAUUUACAAGAUGGUCUAACUAGACCAAAGGGUGGGGAAGAAGGUUUUUCCACCUUUUUCUAUGAAACAGGAGCUGGUAAGUACGUUCCAAGAGCCAUCUAUGUGGAUUUAGAACCAAACGUUAUUGAUGAAGUUCGUAAUGGACCAUACAAAGAUUUUUUCCACCCUGAACAAUUAAUUAAUGGUAAAGAGGAUGCUGCCAAUAAUUAUGCUCGUGGUCACUACACUGUAGGAACCCAAAUUAUUGAUGAAGUUACUGACAGAAUUAGAAGAAUGGCUGACCAAUGUGAUGGUUUACAAGGCUUUCUUUUUACCCACUCUUUAGGUGGUGGUACCGGUUCAGGUCUUGGUUCAUUGUUACUAGAACAAUUAGCAGAAAAUUAUGGUAAAAAAUCUAAAUUAGAAUUUGCUGUCUAUCCUGCCCCACAGGUUUCUACAUCUGUUGUAGAACCAUAUAACACCGUUUUAUCUACACAUUCUACUUUAGAACAUUCCGACUGUACGUUCAUGUUGGACAAUGAAGCUAUUUAUGAUAUGUGUACAAAGAGAUUGGGUAUUGCUAGACCAAAUUUCAAGCAUCUAAAUAACUUAAUUGCUCAAGUCGUAUCUUCUGUGACUGCCUCACUAAGAUUCGAUGGUUCUUUAAACGUUGAUUUAAAUGAAUUCCAAACUAAUUUGGUUCCAUACCCAAGAAUUCACUUCCCAUUGGUCUCAUAUGCACCAUUUGUCUCUAAGAAUAGGGCCAACCAUGAAUCUAAUUCUGUAGCUGAGAUUACCAAUUCUUGUUUUGAACCAGGCAAUCAAAUGGUCAAAUGUAACCCAGCUACAGGUAAAUAUAUGGCUAACUGCUUACUAUAUAGAGGUGAUAUUGUCACUAGAGAUGUGCAAAGCGCUGUUACACAAGUCAAAAAUAAGAAGGUUGUUCAAAUGGUUGACUGGUGUCCAACAGGUUUCAAAAUUGGUAUCUGUUACGAACCACCAAGUGUGACUCCAAAUUCUGAAUUAGCUGAUGUUACAAGAGCUGUCUGUAUGCUAUCUAAUACUACUGCAAUUGCUGAAGCUUGGAAAAGAAUUGAUGAAAAAUUCGAUCUAAUGUAUAACAAACGUGCAUUUGUUCACUGGUAUGUUGGUGAAGGUAUGGAAGAAGGUGAAUUCACUGAAGCCAGAGAAGAUUUAGCUGCAUUGGAAAGGGAUUAUAUCGAAGUUGGUACUGAUUCCUUUGCUGAUGAGGAAGAAUAUUAA